CGUCAGCAAUCCGAGUCGAGUCUCCAACAAAUCGUGUCAUGCGGAAACCGUGAAGUGAAACGGGGAUUGUGUCACUCAAACGUGAUCCGACAGUCGAUCGCGUGCCUUGUCAGCGAUUCAAGUAGAUUGUGUUUAACAAAAGUGAUCAUAUUUAAAUCACUAUUAGUACCAAUAUCGCAUUUGUUGAAAGCUAUUUUAAUCAAACAGGUGUACAAUGAAAUUUUUUAUUAAAAAACUUAUUGUAUUUUGGGAUUUUUUUUAACUAUUAUAGUUGGGGAAAAAUUCUUGCUUUUCCAUAGCGAGAUUUUUUUGUUGUCAUAGCCAUAACGAGAUUAAAGAAUCGAGAAAGACUUGAGAUGGGUCGGUUUCAGUUUUGGCUAAACUAAAUUCGUUUUGACCGGAUUGGGCGAUUUCCCAAUCUAAUGUAGCUGCAAUUUACAUCAACUUGCAGAAAGCUUCCCAAUUAGAAGAAACUAAUUUGGUCUUACGACUCUGCCGCCGUAGGUGAAAAGAAAAAUGCUCUCAACUGAUUCGACUGUUCAGCCUUCUCCGGCGCCGGUUGGCUUUGAGACUGGCCGGCCGCCGGACACGGGCCAGCUUUCUGAUAUGCGUUCUGCUUGUGUCCUGCCCUCGGUUCUGAAGGAUCACCUAUCCUCGAGUGCGAUGAUAGUGGAUCCAGUCGUCAGAGAUUCUCAGGCGGGCGUUAAUACAUCGGCGGUAGCAGGGAAUAACAUCCCUGACAACCAAAUGAUCCUCUCGACUGCGACACCGCCACAGGCGGCGACGGCUCUGAAACAGUCGUUCUCGUAUGCAAGCGCCCUCACGGGAGGGCCGAUCGCUACUACGCCGCAACCGCUGUCAGCUCAAUGGACCCCGGUCGGGGAACACGAUCUGAUCCCCGGACGGCGGAAUCAGAGGGAAUCGAACGGUAAAGGAAAGGAAAAAGAUUUGGGAGGCUCCGUUAAAGCAAAGGAGAAAGAUCUGGGGAGCCUCCAUCAUGGGACCGUGGACAAAAAUAGCAAGAGUGCUCUGAGAAUUAGGGAGCCGGAAGAUUCCAUUUCGGGGGAGGCGCAGCAGCUCUCGAUUCGCCCGCAACGGUCGCCGGUUCAAGAUAGAAAAGGUAAUGGGGGGAAGCGAGUUGGGGAAGAAAGAAGGAAUGGCAAGGAGAUUUUGAUCGAGGAAGGACCUUCUGUUGGGAAAGGCCUGUUGGGCCCUGGCCCAAUAAAGGGAGUCACCACAAAGAAAAGCCAGCCCACCUCAGAGGGCUCUAUGGCCUCGACGUCCAGCCCGAAAAGCCUGACUACCCACGGUUUGAUCAAUAGGCCGAGCGAGGUGCCUCCAUCUGGAUCGCGUGCACAGGGCAGCCCAAAGGCUCCGGCCCUCACCCCUCCACCCACGUCGGUCUCUACAGGGCCCAAUGGAACAGUUCUGCAAGUGAUACAAAUCUCCUCCCAAAACGAGGAGCAGCUGCGCCGUGCCGAUCAUCCUUCUCCGUCAACGGCCAACAGAACCAAAGGGAAGAAGAGUUCCAAGGGGCGGUCGAAGAAGGGGUCGCCAGCGAAGCUAAAUCCGGUCCGCCCCCUUCAGAUUUGGUCUCCGAUGAAGGAUAGAAAAACAAAGUCGAAAUCGAGGAUGGCAUCUCUCACCUUGCAAGAAAUCAAUGCUUGGACAGAGGCGGCACAAUCGGCGACGAAUUUUCCGAUGGCCAAGGGCUCGAGCGGUGUCCCUCCUCCCCCCUCGAGCCACGGUGAUUCGAUGAGCGAUCCGCCCACCUCAGCGACCUUGGCUAGCGGCCCUGCCUGAUCUCCCGGCCUCUCCCUGUGUUCCGAGACCUGGUUGU